AUGGAAAAUGGGAAUGGAGAAGGAAAGGGAGAGUUCAUAAACCAAAACAGUAACGACUACUUCCUUGAUUCCAUGUCAAUGCUCUCCUCCCUCCCUCCUUGUUGGGACUCAUCUCUUCCUCCUCCUCCUCCUCCGCCGAAUUCUCUCUUCCACGCUCUCACCGUCGACGCCCCCUUCCCCGACCAGUUUCAACACCCUCAGGAGUCAGGUGGUCCAACAAUGGGCAGCCAAGAAGGGUUGCAGCCACAAGGGACGGUUUCGACGACGAGCGCACCUGUUACUCGCCAAAAGCCAAGGGUGCGAGCCAGGAGAGGGCAAGCCACUGAUCCUCACAGCAUCGCUGAGCGGCUGAGAAGGGAACGCAUUGCAGAGCGUAUGAAGUCUCUCCAAGAACUAGUUCCCAACACCAACAAGACGGAUAAGGCAUCAAUGCUGGACGAGAUCAUCGAGUAUGUGAGAUUCCUUCAGCUACAAGUCAAAGUACUAAGCAUGAGCAGAUUGGGAGGUGCAGGUGCAGCUGGUCCACGCCUCAAUGGUCUCACCUCCGAGGUAGGAGGACGGCUCAACGCACUCUCUGGACCACCACCAAGCAAUGGCAUGAACGGGAAUGGAAACGCAACAGGAUCAUCCAAUGAGAGCCUAAGGACAACAGAACAGAGGGUGGCAAAACUGAUGGAAGAGGACAUGGGCUCAGCAAUGCAGUAUCUUCAAGGGAAGGGUCUUUGCCUGAUGCCAAUCUCUCUCGCAACAGCGAUAUCAUCUACAUCUACUCACACUCGUGGAGCUCUCUUCACCCCCAACUCCAAUGCCAUAGCAGCAGCGGAUGCAAACAUAGCUGCAGCAGCAGCCGCAGCCUCAGCAGAAGCACCUGAAGCUUCCUCUACUAUGGAUGAUGAUGUAUCUGCCUCCAAGGCCUGA